AAGUCGUAAUAAUGUUUGGCAGUGAUAUGUAUUUAUAGGUUAAAAUAUUUAUCAGUCUAAUGGGGCUUAUAUUUUGUUUUGAAGUAUCAUUAUAUGUUUUUUAUUAAGUGAAAGUAGCUGACCACAACAAUUUUGAUAUUGUAGAUGUAUACGUUUUUUGUUAAAUCUUAUGAAAUGAUUCAGUAAAUGAAGACUGUCAUAUCAUGGCAAACUUAGAGAAACUGAUAAAAUCGCUGGAGAACUUGAAAGUUCUUCAGCUUUCACCACAUAUUAACGAUGAAUCUACUCUGAGGAAGAAGGACAAGAUCGCGCACUGCCUGGUCAUAGCGGACGCCAUGUGCGGGGCGAGCGUCAAGGGCACGCCCAACUUCUCCCACCUGCUCAGCAUCACCAUCGAGAUGCUGCUGCAGCUCUGCGACGACGCCAGCUCGGACGUGCGCAUGGUGGCCGACGAGAGCUUGAACAGGAUAAUAAGGGCAAUGGUGGACAACAAUGUAGUUAAGAUUUUAGUGGAACUCCACAAAGAAAUCAAAAAGAACGGGAACGCUCGCUCUUUGAGAGCUGCUCUUUGGAGGUUUUCGGAGUUGUGUCACAUGAUAAGGCCCCAGAAGGGUAAGCCGUACAUGCUGAACCUGAUCCCGUGCAUCAUGCACGUCGCCCAGCGCCCCGAAGAGCCGAUCCUCGAGACGCUGGCCGCGGCCAUGCACAAGAUAUUCAGAGCCUUGGGGAAGUUCGCCAGCGACAACGACGUGAAGUCUGUGCUGAAAGUAUUCUUGCAAAACUUAUCUUCUUGCUCUCCCGUGGUCCGUCGAACUGCGGCCUCGAGCAUCUUGGCCGUUUGUCUUCACUGUCGGAAGCCUCACAUCAUGAUCACGUACAUACUGAACAUUCUGCUUGACUGCGUGGUGCCCGUGCGAGAGACCCACUCCGCGAGCACGGUCGUGGGGGUUCUGGGCUGCCUCCGCCAGAUCCUGCCCCACGUGGGCGCGGCGGCCGCCGGCGAGGAAGAGAUGAAGGGCAGCUUCGGCGAGCGCCACAGGCACCUCGAGUCGCCGCAAGCCGUCGACAGGCUCCUGCAGGUGUACGAGUUGUCUCUCCACUACACGGCCCACGCCGACCACAACGUGGUGAUCGCCGCGCUGGAGACCUUGCACCAGCUCCUCCAGUCCCCGUCCGAAGACCUCGUCUCCCUGCUGCUGUCGCCCCGGGGCAUCGGCAGGAGUCGGGUCCACGUCGCGGAGGGCGGCGAGAAGCUCUCCCAUCGCUCCCUCAGUCAGAUGAGUAUUUAUCCAUCCCAAGCGGCGAGUGACCUCAGUUCUCUGCUGGACACUGACGUUGAUUCUGGAGAUAUCAGCGUGGCAUCUUCGGUCGAGAAAUGGGUGAACGAAAGUCGACCUGGCAUCAUUUUCUCGAGCUCCCUCGCGAACAGGGUCCCGGGGAGAUCGGAAACUGUUUUGGACAAGCACGGGAAAGCCGACGCUGUUUCGGAGAAGCAGGAGGAUGAUGAGGAUGACGACGAAAGCUGCAAUACUUCUGUCAUGGACGAAGGUGGCGGGGAGUACUCAAACAUCAAAAUUGGUUUGAUUAAAGAUUCUGACGACAUAGCGAUGUAUAGUCCUCGUCGCCCCCUUGCGGAGACUGCUCAGUCAUCAAUGCAGAGUGACGAGACCAAGCAAGGAAUAGACGACGAACAGCAGAGCUUCUACUCUGCCUCCAUGUCUCCCACGCCGUACCAGUCGGAAGUGCCGUUCGCACCGUGCGACGUGGGCUCCUACACGGACGCCGAUGUUCCGUUGAAGCACUGCGCGCGCCACUUGGCUGUCUCGUUCCUGCUGACCGGCUGCUGCGGGUGCACCAUCCCCGACAGGAGCGUGCGCGUGAGCGUCAAGUCCUCGGCGCUCGGUUGCAUCGCCGGCAUCCUGCGCUUGGCUCCCGGCAUCUUGCUCGUGCCGCUGGACAAGGCGAAGACGACCGGCCGUUCCUCAGAAGGUGCCCAAGCGGUGAGCGAUGUCCUGCUGUACGCUUCCCAUUCCGACCCACAGCUGCGUGCCCUCGUCAUCGUGGCGGUCGCGAACCUUCUGAAAUCGGUGAUGAUCCGGUCCGGGGGAAAUUUUGACAGUUGGCUGGGCGACGUGAAGUUGGUUUCUCUUCCACAACUUGUGCAACUCAUACUGAAGGGCCUGGGCGAUGAAUCGUCAGUCUGCUGCAGACAGACGCUGGUGGCGGUCUCGCUGUGUCUCCCCGAGCUGCUGGAGAGCAUGCACAGUUCCGAGGUCUCGGAGAUCCUCUCAGCUCUCCCCGACAUGGUGACCAACUCGUACUGGCUCGUCAAGGUGAAGCUAGCAUCUGUGUUUAGUGAAUUGCCGUACGUCACGAUACACCAUGUCACUGGGGACUGCAAGUUCCAAGAUAACGUACUGAAUGCACUUCUUUUGGUUCUCUUGCAAGAUGAAGACACCAGGGUGAGGCAUGCUGCGGCAGAAUCUGUUGUCAGGAUCGUACCAAGGCUGCUGUUCCCGACGGACCAUCCGGGGCGGGACGCGGCCACGGCGAAGGCGGCGCGGCUGACGGCCGCCUACGUCUCCCCGCUGCUGGAGGGGGGUGCCCCGUCGUCGCUCGCCCCGCCACCCAGCGUCAGCAGCCUGCCCCACCCGUUCGACGUGGGCCGCUGCAGCCGGUACGUGGCCGGGCUGGACUCGGCGCUCUCCCGGGUCGUCGGCCGGCUGUCGCAGCUCGUGCUGUCGUCGCACUCCAGGCACCUCGUGUACGGAUGCUGUGAAGCCCUUGCUCUCCUCUCAGAACAGUAUCUGACGACCGUGUAUUCCCGGGCCUGGAGUUGCCAGCUGGCAGCCAGUGCUGACAUGAAGCCCAACAACAAAAGAAAAUUAAGUGAGGUGUCCACGUCGAAGGAAGCGGUGCCGAGUGCCGCGGAAGGGCUGUUCGCCACCGUGAUGUCCCUCCUGGCGGCCUCGCCCAUAUCCGUGGACCUCGGCUGCCAGCAGUGGCUCCUGCAGGUGGCCGGCAGUCUCUUCUCAGGUUUAGCUGUGAAUCAUUUGCAUCAGUUCGAGAUACUUUCACCAUCAGAACCAAAUACUGCCCCUAAGCAGCUUUGGGGCAUGUUCACGGACAAGAAGCUGGGUGUGCUGUCGGAGCAGCUGCUGGUGCACGUGGCGAGGCUCCUGUGCGUGUUCGUCCACGUGCUGGAGGAGACGGCCCCGAGCGUCCCCGCCCCCAAGCCGUCCCUCCCGUCGCUGCCGACGGCGCCCUCCUUGUCCCCCAUGAAGCGCAAGACCAAGGCAGACGCAGCGGACGCCGUCAGGACCAGGGGCUCGUCGCCCGUCAAGUCGGCCGCAGAUCGGGAAGAGAAGCUGGAAGAGAAAAGAGGCGUGCGCAGUACCACGAUGGGUCUUUUCGCCAACCUGCCUCACUACAUGAAACUUUACGACAUGAUCAAGAGUGCAUACACAAAUUAUAAGAUCACGCUUGACAACGCAUCCAGCGAGAAGUUUGUGUGUCUGCUUCAAACGGUACUGAAAACAUUGUCGCAGUUACUGGAGGUUUCAACGUUAUGUGAAGUGGGCCGAAUUGUGGAAGAAAUAUUAGCAUACAUGCGCUUGACCAUCACAGUUGAACCAUCCCACACAAUCAUAUGCGUACAGCAGUUGCUGAAGUGUUUGUUCGGGACGAACGUCACGUCCCAGUCGCAGUUCAUCAACGAGAAAUCGUUCCCUGCCCACACUGGCUGCGGCGCGAGUCAGUCGGCCGACCUGAGCGGCUUCUACGGGGUGUGCUUCCAGGCGCCGUACCGACAGCUGGCCAGCUGCAUAGCCUCUUCGGGGAGCAGGAUCGACAAACCCAGCAACUCAACAUGGCUGUCGUAUUUUCUUAAGAGAGGUGAAAGAAAAUUUUCCAGUGCAUUGAAAGGAGUAAAUCGUGGAACGGACAAAACUGCUCUGGCAUCGUAUAUUCGCUUAUUCGAACCAAUGGUCAUCAAAGCUUUGAAGCAAUACACGGUGACGAGCGACGUUCAGCUGCAGUGCAGAGUCCUGCUGCUGCUGAGCCAGCUGGUGCAGCUUCGCGUCAACUACUGCCUGCUGGAUUCCGACAAGAUCUUCUUCGGCUUCGUCCUCAGGCAGUUCGAGUUUCUGGAAGAAGGUCAGAUCCCGCAGGCAGAAGACCUUAUCCCGAAGAUCUUCUACUUCCUGGUGCACCUGUCCUACGAGAAGCACCACUCCAAGAGCAUCACGGGCAUAAGCGAGAUGAUACAGCUGUGCAACGGCCUGAUGGCGAGCGGCCAGCCGCCGGUCUCCCACUGCAUACCGGCUCUUGUUCCCGUAGUGGAAGACGUUUUCCUGGUGAGAGGGACGAGUGGCAGCCCUGCGGACCUGAAGGAUCUCGACACACAGAGGGAGUGUCUCAUCUCUGUGAUGCUGCGUUUGGUGGAAUAUCACCAGGUGCUGGAGCUUCUGGGCGUGGUGCUGGGGGAGUCGCGGCAGGGCUGCGACUGGGAGGAGCGGUGGCGCCGCUGGUCGCGCCAGGCGGCCGACGCCCUCCUGCCGCUGCUGGCCCGGGGGCGAGUGCGCCUGGAGCAGCGCGGGGCCCAGCUCGCCCUGCACCGCCUGCUGGGCGCCGCGUCGCCCUGCGUGUUCCGGCCCGCCGACCCCCUGCUGCGCGUGCUGUUCGCCGAGCCCCCGCGCCCGCUGUCGCGGCCGGCGACGGAGCGCUGGCUGGGCGCCGUGCUGGCCAUGCUGCUACUGCUGGUGUCGCAAGGCAAGGAGGAGGCGGUGCUGGCGCGGCUCGGCGAGCUGGGGCUGCGCGCACCGCCCCCGGCAUCCGUGUUCCGCGACGACGACGACCCGCUGGAUGCCGCCGCUGCCCUCGGCCGGGAGCCCCUCCUGCCGGAGCAGGUCAUGGCGAGGUUUCUGCUCCGAGUCAUUGGCCUGGUGAGCAGCCAGGUGUGCAAGGGCGUGUUCAGCCCGAUCACGAGCGAGGACUGUCACUACCUCCAUGAGCAGUUCUCUUGUCUCCUCCUCUUCUGUAUCCACAUGUUCGAGUCAGGUAGUUACUGUCGAGUUGCGAAAGCUAUGAUGCACAUGGUGGAUGCGAAAAAUUGUGACGAGAAUUCCGCACCCAUGGAUGAGCUCAACAUGUUGUUUCUGAAACUGGCCACUAGAUGUCCGCUGCUUGCUUUCCAGUGGUGCUAUCUUCUGACAUUGCUCAACUAUCAGAAUCAAGACUUCUGGGCACAGGUGCUACGGGAACCUCAUGAGCUUAUUCUGAACCAAAGGUGCACAGAAAAACCCAUGCAGUCGCCAUGUAUUAACCUGGAGAUUGUGAGGAAAGGUGGAACCAUAUUAUUCUGUGAUUUUGCGUGUGACAAUCUCGGAGAUGCAGAGCAGCUUUCAUGGCUGCUUGUCAACCACAUCGAAGAGAUAGUGCUGCUGUCGACUGAGCCUCCGAUACAGGAACUUAUUGCAGCAGUCAACAGAAACUCUGCUGCGAGUGGUCUGUUAGUUCAAGCAGUUGGCUCAAAAUGCCAAGAUCUUUCAAAGCCGAGCUUCGUGUGCCGCAUGCUGCGCUGCCUGGAGGGCGUGCACCCGGCCCAGAGCGGCGCCGUGCUGCUGCUCCUGGUGCCUCGCAUGCUGGCGCGCCGGCAGCUGGCGCCCGCGCGCCUGGCCGGCGCCCUGGCGUGCCGCCGCGCCGAGCUGCUGCUCACCAUGGGCGUGGCGGAGGUGGCGACCCAGCUGGCGCGGCAGGACCUGCGCGGCAUCCUGGUCGCCCUGGCGUCCACCGGCCUCGCCAGCAAGCAUAAUGGAUUGAUGAGCUUGCUGAAUAAACUUGGUUCUCAGUUCUACGAUAUGCCACCUUUAGAAGGAGAAGAGAGGAAUGCAAACUUCAAUGUAGGCAGUAUUCACUCUAUAAGUCUCGACAAAGCAUGGUUCUUUGCGCAAGUAAAACACAGAUGUUGCCAAAAAGAUGUCUCAGGAAUGGAUUCAGCACAGAUGCUAAGCAAGUUGGACUAUGACGAAAUUCUUAGUGUUUUUAGCUGUGAAAACUUCAAUAUUUCUGUAUUGGAGGAUUGUCUUAAAUUGGCAACACAGCUCACACUUCAGCAGGCGUUCCAGAACGCCCCCGCGUCGGCCGCGGGCUACGCGGACGCCGUCAGUUUCGUGGCCGCGGACGAGACGCUGUCCUUGCUGGAGUCCCAGUUGUACCGGGCCUCCCGGCUCUCCCUCCUGCAGCACGUCACCAGCGUGGUGGCUCUCGUGCCCGCUCCCCAUCAGGUUUAUAGUCCAAUAGGAAGAGACCCGACGUGCAAGGAGACCAAAUACUCUGACGAUGUGAACCAGCUGUUCUUGGAUUCGUCGUUUUGGAACACGCUGUUCCAAGUGGCACCUGCUGUCACGUGCUACCUGGACUCCCAGCGCAAGUUGUCUCAAGGCGUGUGGCCAGGUUUGGCACAGGACUCGUGGGAGGAUCUGGCAAAAUUCGGAGUUAUUUGCUUGGAGGCGGUACAGUGGCUGCUCUCCGCGUCUGGCCAGAGCCCUUCUCGUCCUGCGCUGAGCUGCCACCAGGCGGGACUGGCUUGUGCCGACGCCGUUCUCAAGGAGCUGAACCUGGGUGCCGUCAUAGGGCACAGCGCGCACGUUUCGUGGCUGGCGUCCGCCUGCGGAGCAGUCACCGCUACCGUCAACUUUUUGCUGGCAGGAGAGAAACUACCAGUGAUGCCGCCGUCAGGUCUCUGUUUUUCCUCGGAAAAUCCUGAUGCGGUGAGUGCUGCAUACUCAUGUCAUCAGAUGGCCACGUUAGUGCUCUGGCUGGAGAAAACUCAUUCAAAAAUGCUGGGCAUUCCAAGAUUUUUGGCAGGAUCACUCAAAAGCUUGAUUGUGACGCUCUCUCGGAUGCCUGUAGUCAAUUCAUUUGUUGCCACACCGCCAGAGGUUUGGCAGCAGGGUUGGACUGUCGAGCUGAGUGGUCUAUUGAAGACAAUAGUGCCGCCUUUACCAGUGGAAUAUUUGCAGGAUGUCGACCUUCUUCAGCAGCUGAUUUUCAGAGUGACAUUGCUCGGCUGGACAAGCAGACAACAGUUCGAGGAGACUUGGGUUAGUUUGUUGAGCGUUCUCAGUUCACACCAGACUGAGAACAUGCCUUUGGAAGAAGCAGGAAUCACAGCGCAGACCAGCGGCUUGGCAGUAGGUGCCAUCACUGCCUUGCUGGUGCAGACGCUCCUGCUCCCAAUGCCGGGGAACCCAAACACGAGUCGAGUCGUCCACCAAUCAAGGGACAAGCCACUGUCUCAUUUCAGCUGCUAUGAAGAACUAAAAACCAUUCACGAACUGCUGUGCUGGAAGCUGCAAGACCAAGAGCUGAUGGGGGACGGUUUCAGAUUGGAACAUGUCUUCCAAAGGGGUAAUUUAGAGAGACUGAAUAACAACACAAGGUUUGGCUACAGCCAGGUGUGUCUGGAGUACCUGUGGACCGGCGCGAGGAUCCUGGGGGAAGAUGGCGCUCCGGGAGGGCGCAUGAGUGGGACAGUGUCGGGCGCGUGCCUGGAGCGAGAGCAGUGUCUGGCGGCCAGCGGGCUGGACCUCCACUCCUGCCUGCACUUCCUCCUCGACCUGUACUCCCAGUGGACGCUGCUGCAGUCGAGGACGCCGCUGCGGCUGCUGAACGAGGCGAUGUGCUCGGUGCUGUCCAUCUCGGACCUGUUCACGGAGCGGGCGCAGUUCCAGUGGAUGCUGGACACCUGCCUGGAGCUGUCGAGGAGCCACCCGCCCGAGGACGAGAUACUCCACCAGUACCUGGUGCUCGGGGCGUGCAAGGCGGCCGCAGUGCUGGGGAUGGAUGCGGAGGUGCUGGAGCGGGUGAAGAAGCUGGUGGAGGGCGGCCUGAAGAGCGCGUUCCUGCCGUCGAGGGUGGCCAGCCUGCACGGCAUCCUGUACCUGCUGCAGGGCUGCCGGGCCGGGCCCGGGCCGGGGCUCUCCGAGGAGACCCUGCAGAUCGUGCCCUUGGCCAUCGAGUACGUACAGAAGUACAUCGACAGCUCCGUGAGCGCGGUGAGCGAGGAGCACCAGCUGGCGAUGUGGGCGCUGGUGUUCUACCUCCUGGAGAAUGUGGAGGAGCGGACGACGGAGACGGAGCUGACGCCCGUGGUGCUGCAGUUCACGCUCGCCCCGGCCACGUACCGGCUCCUGCCCCUUCAGCUCCGCCUGUGCCUGCUCCAGGGCUUGGAGAGGCUGGUGGUGUCCAAGUCGGUGGGGGGAAAGGUGCGCGAGCAGGUGACCAAGCUGGCCGUCGAGCAGCUGCGGCACUCGAACCCGCGCGUCUUCCUGCCGGCCUUGCAGCUGCUGCUGUCGUGCAUGUACACAGGAAAAUCGGAAAGAAAAGAAAGUUCACAAGACGGGGAAAGUAAAAGAGAAGACACUGAUCCAGAGUUACUAAUUGAGGCCAUGGAAAAAACUUCAGUGCUUUUUGACAGGAUUAAGAAGGGUUACCCGUUUGAGGUGGAACUAAUAUGUGGUGUCCUGCCAAAUCUCCUCACAGAUUUUUUUCCACCUUCCGAAAUACUAACCAAAGUAAUUGGUGAAUUUUUGUCUACGCAACAGCCCCACCCUCGUCUGUUGGCAGGUGUCGUUUUCCAGGUGUUCGAGAGAGCGUGUCAGCAGUCGCAGCUGGAGCUGCUGCAGCACUGGGUCGUUCUCAGUCUGUCCAACUUCACCCAGUGCUCGCCGGUCGGCAUGGCAACCUGGUGCCUGACCUGCUUCUUCAUCAGCGCUUCGACCAACCCCUGGCUGCGGGCCAUUUUCCCUCACGUGCAGUCGAGGAUUGGGCGAUGUGAGAGUGAAGACAGGAAGUUGCUGUGCAUCUCAGCUGCCGAUUUCUAUAACCAGUUGACUGACGAGGCACAGAAGAAGACGUUUGUCUCGACUUUGGAGGCCGCUGCAGGCCAGUCACAGCACCUCUUCUCCGACCUGAUUGCAUGUCUGUGAACGUGACUUGUCGACCGCAUGCGGCCGGCCGUAUUACUAUGGUUGUGUUCCAAAUUAGGUGGUUUGUACAGUUGCUGUACAAAUGUUCCAUUGGAGUUAAUGUAUUUGCUAUGCGAUGUUUAGGUUUACUUCCAUGAAAAUAUUUCAAACUGUAUGUUUUGAAUAUGUUUAUUGCAGAAUAGUUUUUUUUUUUACCUUUCAGUGUUAAAGUGCUUAUCUCUUACAACACAAUCUUCCAUGCAUGUAAAUUUGUUUGCAUGUGUGAUGUAUGGACUGGUGAAUGUGUGAACUGUGUGUGGUGGAUACCUCAUUUUUGUUCAUUUUUGUAUGAAUACAUGUAUACUAAUUGCAAAUCCAAUAUAUGAACAUAUAUAUUAUUUGCUGUGCACCCACUUUAUUUUCUUGUAUUAUCUGCGAGAAAUAUUUGGUGCAAUAUUUUUGUUUUUGCUUAAACUUGUGUACAAUUAACUCAUGAUUUUUUUUUUGUAAAUAUGUACAGUAUAAAAAACUUGUAAAGUAAUUGUUGAAUUUAUCGUUUAUCAUAGUCAUAUAUACACAUUCCAAAAUAUUUCUGUUUAGUAAGCUAUUUUUGUUUUGUUAAGAGCAAGUAUAAUUAAUUGUUCCUGUUGAAAUUGUUUUAUUUUUUUUUACAGUGAAUUAAAAUACAUUUCCUAUACUGAUGUUGAGCUAUUUUAUAAGAGGCCUAAUUUUUAUUUUUUGCCUAAUUAUCAAGUAUUCACAAGCUAUCUUUUAACAGAUUGUAACAAAAGUGCAAAAUAAAUAAGUGUGUGGUUGUUUAUUUA